CAAAAGGAGGAGGAUACAAUUUGUGCAACAAGUGAAUGGAAAGGAAAGUUUCAAUCAAUGAGUUGGAUGAGAGAGAUUUCAUCUGUGCGAGGAUACGUAGUGCAGUUGCUCGAAACGUUUCAAUAGUUUAGAUUUUUAUAGUGAUAAGGUAGUAACCACAUCGAAAAACAGUUGUCUCUCCCUCCAAAUAAGUCACGCCUUUCAGUUUGUUUUCAAGAGACUUGAAGUACAUCGUUGAUUGAGCGCCGCGAUGCCGACGCCGCUGGCGGAGCGGACGGCGACGCCGUGACGCGGACGCCGGCAUGGAGCGCCGCCAUGGAGACGCCCGCCGCCGCCCCCGCCCCCCUCCCGCCAGCCGUCGCCCCCGGCUGUGACUGCUCCAACAUCUCCAUCAUGCAGCUCUUUCACGAGCUCAAGCAGAAGUUCCCCGCCGUGCCCGACAGAGUCGUCAGUCAGUGCAUCCGACAGAACGUGCAUGACAAGGCGGCGUGCGAGGCGAUCCUGCGCGUCGAGAACAGCGCCUACCUGCUGCACACGAGCUACCCGGCGUCGCUGAAGAUGUCGGCCGCGGGCGCGGCGCAGGCGCCCGCCCCCGGCUCACCCUGCUGCUGCGGCCGCCCCCAGUCCGCCUCCGCCGCCGGCACGUCGCCGCCUGGUCAGCAGCAGCAGCUGCCUCCGCAGAGGCCUUCGUCGCUGCCGCUGCGACGCCCGCUCUCGGUGCCCGAGCCGCCACCUCCUCCGCCCCCGCCGCCACCGGGCGGAGGCAGCCGUCCGCGGCCUGCGCUCUCCGCCCCCGAAGAGCCGCCGGGCCCUUUCCCGCCGCCGCCUCCGGCGCCUCCUCUCAGCUCUCCGGAGGGCGGCGGCACGUCCUACUCGCUGAGCGUCAACUGCAGCGUGGAGCGCGUGCUGGACUCGCGCGUGCGCACCUCCUUGCGGCUGGAGCCCACGCCGCACUACGCGCCGCCGUUCGCGCCGUCGCAGUCGCAGCCGCAGCAGGCGCGCUCCGUCACCUCCGUCAACCUGACGCUGCGCUCGCCGCGCACAGACGGCCCGCAGCCGCCCGUCGACGUGACGUCGUCGGCCGCGACGCGCGGCCGCCAGCAGCUCAGCUACUCGACGGCCAGCUGGGACCCGGCGCAGGGCUUCCAGUCGCAGCUGCGCAUCUGCAUCGGGCCCGGCGGCGCCGGCUCGGUGCAGGCGGCGCGCACGCGGCCCGCCCCUGCGCCCGCGGCGCCGCCUCCCGCCCCUGCGCCCGUUCGCGUGCCCUCGGCGGCGCCGCCCCCUGCCGCCGCGCCGCCCUCGCCGCCCCCGUCGCCGCCUCUCGCCCCAGACACGCCGACGGACGAGGAGCUGCUACGGGCGCAGGUGCGCUCCCUCGGCGGCGACCACCUGCGACCCUACACGCAAGGCCACUUGCUGACUGCGCUGCCCAACUUGGUGCCAUCCAGCUCCGCUGCGUCCACUCAGCAGCGACCAUACUCAAGGUCCCUCUCUGAGCGACUCCGAGAACCUGCUGAGCGCUGCAGCUUGUCCCAGCAAUGCCCCUGGCUCGACUUAGAGCUGCUGGCGCGCCAGCUGGACCGGAAGAACCGGCUGGAGCGCGCGCUGCGCCGCGAGCAGGAGAAGCUGCGCCGCAUGCAAGAGGAGAAGCGCGCCAUGGAGGCCGACCUGGCUCGGCGGCGCGCGCACCAGCCCUGCCUCUGCCCUGUCUCCUCCGUCCUUCAGAAGGUGCAAAGGUUGCGGGAUGAGAUUCAUCAGUUGCAAGAAGAAUGCAAGAAAAUGAGCCAGGAGGUUGAUCUUAGUGUUGAUGCCAGAGUUCCUCUGGGUGAAACAGAUGAGGAAUUCUACAAAAACAUCUAUACAGGCCAACGUGGUGUGGUAAUGCCUCCAGAGGAAAUGCCAUUCUCUCCUGAUAGCAGAUCACGGCAGUUUCGGCAUGAUCAUGCACAUCCUACAGCCACGCAUCAAGCCCCAUCCCCCACGGCGCCAGCUGGGGAGUCAACCACUGACGGACCCAGUUGGAUGUGUUCAGAGUGUACAUUCCGCAACCACCCUUUGCUGGACAAGUGCGAGCAGUGUGAAAUGCCGCGCAUCCUGCUAGGUGGGGAAACGCAAGAUAUUCAUAUCCACGUGACUCAUCAUCACAAUUUUCCUAUAAGAAGUGUCACAAAGUCCGCCAUCUUUGGCACUCCUGCCAUGUCUCCUUCAUCGACACAGCAUCACCAUGGAAAUCCCAGCCACGCGGCCGGAUCACACGCUGGGGCUACACCUGAUGCUCAGCUAACGUUCGGCACCACGUGGUUGCUACCAGGCCGCGGCCCACCGAGAGGCCCCCGCGCAGCGACGCCAACUCCGAACUUAGAAUAUUUGAGGGCGCCACAAUUUUGGUGCAUGUAAUUCGGAUUGUGUUAAUUGGAAACUACACUCCUGCUGAUGCUCAU